CCCCCCAACUAAUUACAACAACUUCCACUUGACCUACUUAGGGUUUAGAGUUUAGGGUUCGUGGUUUAGAAAAAAAUGUAUGGUGGUUCGAUAUUUUGUCUGUGUAGUCGAAUAUUAGUCUGCGACAGUGAGAUAUCAGUCUGUGUAUAGUUUAUAUUUGACUGUGAUUUUGAGAUAUUAUUUUUAAUGACUGGAUAUUGGUUUGAGACAGUGAUAUAUUAGUUUGGAUCGGGUGAAUAUUUUUUAGGGUUUAGAGUGAGAGUUGUUUUGGUUUAGGGUUUAGAAGAUGAUGUUGUGGAAAUGGAUAUGAACACAACGUAGAGUGAUUUGAUAAAUGUCUGUGGUGAUAAGAUAUUAUUAUGUGAUGGGAGGAUAUUAGUUUGCGAUGUGUGGGUAAUUUUCCGUGUAUCAAAAAAAUGGGGAUACUUCCCCAAGAAACCAAGGGAGGCGGCAGCUCCCAAGUAAGUAUUAGUUUGCGAUGGUAAGAUAUUAUUUUGUGUGUAGUGGGUAUUAGUUUGUGAUGGUGAGGAUAUUAACUAUGGACCGACUAGAUAUUGGUAUUAGACGAUGGGAUAUUAGUCUGGGUGGUGUGGAUAUUUGUUUUGUGUGUAUGUUUAUCUAUGUUUGUUUGUGUUGAUAUUGAGUUUAAACAAAUCCAUAUAAAAUAAAGUUGUUUUUUGACAAACCGCGAUACAACUAGUAUUAAUGUCAUUCCAAAUUGGCAAUCCCAUAAUCUAAAAUCCAAAAAGUACAACAACACAAAAACGAAAAAGGAAUAGUUCAUAUGUUGUCUUGCUUGAUCAAACUCUCGAUAAUCUUUUUGAUCAUGUCCCUCCGAGCCCCCCAUGUUUCUAUCAUGCCACGACGAGGUUGGGAUGGUCCUUCUCUUAGUUGCGGUCUCUUCGCUUUUGUUUUAGUUCUUGCCAUUGUCCAAUAUCCCUGGAAUCAUAGAUAAAUAUCUAGGUAUCAAUCAACUGAUAUCCCCGCCACACAGAACUAAUAUAAGGUAACUAUAAUCCAUACAUCCAGAGUAAUAUUCAGACAAACCAAAAACAAUAUCCACCAAUGACAUACCUAAUAUCAGGCCAGUAAAUUACAGAACUAAUAUCCAACAUGAAACUAACUAAAUAUCCAGCACGAAAUGAACUAAUAUCCACCACAAAACGAACCAAUAUACAUCAAACUAAUAUCCAACAUGAAAAGAACAGAUAUCAAGCAUGAAACAAAGUAAUAUCAACCAUAAAACGAACCAAUUCUUGCCAUUUUGAUUUUCUUACACAAACAAAUAUCCUGACAUAAGCUAACUAAUAUUUGGACUUCACAUGAACAAUAUCCCUAACGUUUAGAAGUCAUAUCAAUGAAGUCAUAUCCACAUUCGUCAAACAAAAACCUUGUCUAUCAUAAAACUAUGAUCCCUAAAGAUGACAACUAAUAUCAAUGAGGUGAUACCGGAUACAUAAAAAAAUAUCUAGGUUAGUAUACAACUGAUAUCGCUACUGAUCAAAACUAAUAUCAAUGAAUUGAUAUCCAGAUACUAAAUAAAACUAUCCAUACAAGUUUAUACUGAUAUCCCAAACCCACAAAACAACUCGCAUCCCAUGCCACAGAAAACAAAUCCAGAAAACACAUCCAAAAUAACUAAGCAAACGAAAGAAUCCAGAUCCAGCAGUUUCCAUGAAUCCAGAAAACCCAUUAAAAAAUCAAAGCAAAAGAAAACGAACAAAAGAAAACCUAGAUCCCGUCGAAUCCAUGAAAUCCUAACUCAAAUCGAAGCAAACAAACAUUCGUAUCAUGAAUAAAGGAAGGAGAAGAAGCCUACCUCCGUCAAGGAUCGUCGCGCCGCCGUCAAUAAACUAUGGCCGCUUCCUCGCCGUCAAACCGGUCGUUCCUUCGCGCGCACCCCCUGUCUGCACCGUCGUUGUCAUCCAGCCGCCGCGUGCACCCAAACUAACCGCCAUCUCCGUUCAAGCCUUCGUCGCCGUCAAGAACCGUCGCGUGCACCAUUCGUCGUCGUCAUAUUCUUGAGAGGAAGUGAGAAAGUUUUUGCGGGAGAGAAAGGGAAGAGGAAGCUUUUUUAUUUUUGGAAAGAGGAAAGAAAUAGACAGAAUGGUGGAGAGAGAAUUGAAAAAGUGGGUUUAUUUGAAAAAGUUGGUGAAAUUUGAAAAAAGUGGACCCACUUUUCUUGAUAGGUGAAACUGGCUUUGGCCAGCUGAACCGAUCAGCCUCUCCCCCCUCACAAUCUGGCGCCACUGCUCCACCACCCUUCGAUCACAGCUUGGCGACGUGGACAACCAUCUUUCUGUGUGAGUAUAUACUCACUAGAAGGGCUGUAAGCAGGAUAAGUAGAUUGAAUAGGGUUGGAAUCGCUAGAAGGCGAAAAAUAAAGGGGGAGGCGGCUAGGGUUUCCUCAAGCCCAACACCAUUUAUCUGAAUCCUGCAAAUUUACAACUUUGCCCCAACGUUUCCUACCUGUCACUGUCCCUCUCUCUGAAAAGAAAUAGGGGAAGAGUUGUGCAGGAUUCGAACCAUCAACCUCGUCCACACAUAUACUAAUAUUAGUUUUGUGCACGCCCGAUGGACGGGAUGUUUUUUAUUUUGUCAUUUUAUCAAUAAUGGUAGGAUACUAUUUCUCUUUAUAUAUGCUUAUUAAGAUAAUUUAUUAUUUAAAUAUUAUUAUAUAGGAGGGUCGCUACAUUUAUUUUGAGUGUGAAUAGGAGCAAUGAUCCUGUAAACAAUAAGAGUCACUACUUCAUCACCAUUUCGAAGUCCACAUUCACGAUCAUCUGCUCUUUGAUUGACAACAGUUUUCAACUUCAUAUGUUGUACAUAACUUUUCAUUGAUUUUGUCUUUCGUGCAUCCAUAUGUUUGGGCUAAAUACUGUUAGCGUCUAACAUAUCUUUCAGUCUCGUGAUACGAAUUUCACGCAAAUAAUUCAAAUCAUCAUAUGUAAUGAUCGAAUGGGAGCUAUUUUAGUAUAUUUCUCCAAUUGAUAAAUGUGUAGCUGAACAAACUUAGUAGUUAAACAUUUUGGUGGUGUUAUACUGCUCAAUCGAUAGUAAAUUGGUCCAAUGAUUGAUAGGUAUAAAUCAUGUCCAUCAUUCAAAGAAUGAUCUAUUUUGCCGCUCAUAUAACUAAUGUGAAAAGAUACAAUUGUUGUGCGUAGUUCUUUUUUCAUGAUGUACUUUGUAUUUUGAAAUAAAAUCAGCACGACAGUAACAUGUAUUUGAAUGAGGUCUAAGAGUAAAAAAUUCACAUCUAUGGUAAAUAAGCACAUAGGAAAUAAACGUGGUUUAGAUCAAUGAAAGGGAAAGACUAGUGCAUAUCAUGAGCAUGUAAUUAAGGUGGUGUAUCAUGAGCAUGUUCCUCAUUAUAGUUUACUCCCCAUCAUCAUUACAAUUACAAAAAAUCAAGUUAUAUAUUUGCAUCACGCAAUUGAGUUCCCUCGUAGACAUUCUAACAAACAAAUUACGUGUAUUAAUUGAUAGCUAGCAUAGAGUAAUUGGUGAAUUUUUAUUGGAAAAGGAAGGUUUCCUAUUUAGAAUUGAUUAGAUGAGAGAUCUUGAAAACCCAACAUAGAUAGGUAUGAAGAAGGAAUUUAGGAACGAAACCAACUUGAGUGAAGUGCAAAUGCAUACCAGCAUAUGAAUGUGAAAAGGUGGUGACCUAGGAUGUUCUAAUCAUUCACUCACCAAUAAUGAAGAAUAAGUAAAAUGCGGAAGAUGUUUUUACGAAUGACAGAGCUUGAGUAGAGCCGACAUAUAAAUGUAUGCAAAAAGAAGUUAUGUUUUUGGGAGAAAAAAGGCGGAAAAGAAACGGGAAAUUUUCAAACAGUGCUGACUUGAGCGAAGGUGAAAUGCAAAAAGGUAACCGAAGCCCACUUCAAAAAAUUUCGAAAAACAAAAGGUAAUUGUUGUG